GAAAUAUUUCGAAAUGCAACGACGCUGUCCGCCAUGCUGGCGUCUGCGAGACUCGAACGUAUUCUGUCAAAAAUGAUUAGUUCAAACAGAUAUAGUGGAGAAUAUUAAACCAACGGAUGUAAUUAAAUGUUUAUCAUUGAUAUAACUCGGUAAUCGGUUAAUAAAAUAAAAGUUUCAGUCACGAUAAAGGAGUAUACGGGGUAUUUGAUCGAAGCAAGACAUGGGAGCUCGUGAACGGUGCCAGUCGCGACAUGGCGGGUUUUCGAGAGGAGGAUAAAGCGCUGUUUCCCAUUCAAAGUAUCUCAUCUAUAGUUCAAAUAUUUAAAAACCAGUUAGAAAACAGUUCCGAGCCGGACUUAGCACUGUUGUCAAUAUUGGUUGGUGCGGUUGAGAAUUCUUUGACUUGUUAUCGCACUUUUGCGUCUCAAGCGGUGGCUGUUUACGACGAGCCAAAACUUCCAGCCGUGGAGUUUCACAUCGCCGAAGCGUUAUAUACUAAAUUUCACGCUGUUAUAAAAGGAGCAGUUGAUUUGACAGUUUAUGAUACUAAAUAUGCUACCAGGGAGCUUGUCAAAAAGGUGUCAGAUGUGAUAUGGAAUUCAUUGACCAGGAGUUAUUACAAGGACCGAGCACAUUUACAGAGCUUGUACAGUUACUUGACAGCUAAUAAAUUAGAUUGUUUUGGAGUCGCAUUUGCUGUUGUCGCUGGUUGUCAAGUAUUAGGGUUCAAGGAUGUCCAUCUCGCUAUGUCAGAGGAUCACGCAUGGGUUGUUUAUGGAGAAGAUGGUAUCGAGACAGCCGAAGUCACAUGGCAUGGGAAGGGAAACGAGGACAAAAGAGGCCAACCUGUGGAACCUGGUAUUGCGUCACGUUCCUGGUUAUACGUGAAUGGACAAGCAGUUGUAUGUUCCCGAACAAUGGAAGUUGCCACAAUUGUUUCUGCUAUAAAUCCCAGCCUCAGUGCUACGGCAGAUGCAGCUGAAGUUGCUCUGCUGCAACAGGAGUUAUUAUGGUUACUGUACGAUCUUGGACACCUAGCAAAAUACCCAAUGGCACUUGGGAAUCUUGGAGAUUUAGAGGAGGCUGCUCCCACACCUGGCAGACCGCCAGCUGUUGAUUUAUUUCAGGAGGCAGUUCGAUCUGCCAGAAAGUAUUAUGGUAACGCACAUGUCUACCCAUAUACUUAUCAAGGAGGAUAUUUAUACAGGCAUGGGUUGCAUGCAAAUGCGCUUGCAUCGUGGGCAGGUGCAGCUGAUGUUCUGAGAAAUUACGAUUACUCGAGGGAUGACGGUGAAAUAUAUAAAGAGCUGCUCGAAAUCGCAAACGAGUUGAUACCACAUACAGUUAGGGCCGACGAACGUCUCUUACGUCAACCUCGCUGCUUUGCGUACCUUUUGCGUUUUUAUGAUGGUAUAUGCCAGUGGGAAGAAGGUGCCAACACACCAGUUCUGCAUAUUGGUUGGGCCAGACCUCUGGUAAAUACAAUCUCAAAGUUUGAUGCCAAUAUCAGAGCUCAAGUUAUUAUAGAAUGUUAUGACGUGGACAAGAAAUUGGAAGAAGAUAAAGCCCAGAAGCGAGAAGUGAGCCUGGACGAAACACUAAAUAACAACAACAAUAAUUAUUGCAAAACUAAGGAAAGGGGUAAUAUAGCUCGGGAUCUAAUUAAAAGUCUAGAAUCUAAGGUACCGGCUACCCCAGCGCCAACCCACCCAAGUAUACUAGCUCUAACAGCUGCUUGCAGUGAGAAAAUACUCAACAGGGAUUACUUAUUACAAGGAGGCGGAGAGCCAUUUGUAGCGCCGCCAGAAAAUACUUUGCCAGUUGCUCCAUCCACUUCGCAGGAGGCAUUAGAUCCUGAGACGGAAAAAGAUCUGGAAAAUGAAAAGCCGAGAAUAACCUUGUACAGUCAGAAAAUGAAGGGCCUGAAAGAUUUGUUGCUUGCAGAAAAAUUAAACACUCAUGCAAUAUCGUUACAAUUAACGGCACAAAGUCAGGUACAAAUUGGUAAAAAGGGUAGAGGGAGUGAGGAAGGUGUUAGUCAACGUCCAAAAAGGACACGAAGGGAGUAGUAUAUCCCUGUUACGUAUAUUAAAAUAUUAAGAUACCGUAUCUUAUAUCUUCCCAAGAAAUCUCUUAACGACAGAAAUAAUAGAGGUAGUCGAUGUGACGGAUCCAUAAACUUUUGAAUAUUCAAUCACUGGGAUGAAAUGAAUUUACGAACAUUUUGAAAGAUGGUAUUGCUGCUGCCAUCAUGCCUUGCUGACGAGGGAAAUUGCAUUGUUUACAUUCUGUUAGUAUAUGCAUACUGAAUUAAUUUAAAUAUUAAUAUGAUCAUUAAGUUAUUCAACUAAAUUAUUACAAAGAUCUGUCGCAUCGGUUGAUAGAUAGUAUUAGAAACAAAAAAAUUACUCUAUUAUCUGUUGGUGGUGCAUAAUAAUUAUACAAUCCAGUGUAGGUUUAAUCAGCCAGUACAGAUAGAAUGCUUACAUUACAAAAAAAAUAAUAAAUAUGAUCGUAGAUGUAGGUAUUGUAGGCAAGAAAUGAGAAAAGUUUUGUAGAAAAGUACAAAAAACUCUUUAAUUUGAGUCAAAUAAAAUGGGUGCUCAUGUCAUGUCUUUUUAUGUAAAAUUUAUGAGGCCUAGUAAGAUUGAGAGAGAAAUGAUUUGUAAGUAUUGUGUAAAAAGAGAAGAAUAAUGAGGUGACGUUAGAUUUUUUGGACUAAAAGCGUAGCGGGAAUUUCGUGUUAAGAAAAAUGACUGAGUAGACUUUUGGGUGAACAUUGUUUAAAAAUAUGAAAUUUUCAUGGAUCAAAUUGUUGAUCAGAUAAAUGAGUCAUCUCGUAACUCGGAAUUAGAUGAUAAAAAGAUUUGACAUAUGCAUCUCGAAAUAAAAUUAUGGUACCGUGCUACCUGUUCUAUUAAUCACAAUGAUUCCUUAUCAGUGAUUGUAGAUUGACAUACUUAGUAGUCUAUUUCUAAUUUCUGUUUUCUUGUUGCACUUUUGCUUAUUUAUUGAUUCAAGUUUUUCGAAUUAUCUAUCGCACUAUGAAUUAUGAUUAACAAGUUAAUGUUAAUGUUUUUUACAAAGUAGAUAAACUUUUGUUAGGACUAUGCUUUCAUAAUCUAAUAAGAAGAAAACAACUAUAACAUUCCACUCCAUAAGUGGUGCAGAAUAAUUAAUUUUAUUUAUUAACUAAGGUAUUUUAGGCAUCAAAUGCUCGCUUAUUUUUAUAACUAUUUAUUUCCAGAGUAAUUAUGUGUAUUUUUUAGAUUACUUUUUUUGGUUCAUCCAACACAACUAUUUUAUAGCUUAGAUGUUAAUUAAAAAAGGCUUUUAUUAAUAUUUCUGCGUGUAAGAUGAUUCGCGGAUCACAUAUGGAUCAGGAUGCAAGAACCUACCUGCACCUUCCAAGGUACCUUGUGCUACCUUGUUUCAUGAACAAACUGCGCUUUGAAACAUCAGCAAAAAUGAGCAAUCUCUGAUUUCUUCCGGGGAAAAAUUUGUUUUCAAUCUCAGAAAACCUGUAAAUUCCUUAAACUUUCCUUUUGUGAUCCUGGAUAAAUCUUAUAUGAUAACAAUGUACAACUGUUUAUAAAACUGGAAGGUCUAUGUAUCCAUAGAACUUCAGUGAGAUAUUCCCUAAUUGAGUAGUAACUUGACAAAGUUUCACUAAUCAUAUCUUGCUUUUUCUACGAAUCAUCGAAAUUUGCUGGACAGAAUUUUUCCUAAACAAAAUAUUUUGAGGUGAAAAUUAUGCAUGGGUUUGAUUGUAAUAAUAACAUGAUUCGCAAGAUUUGCUCCAUCACAUUCAAGGAAUUAUUAUAUUUGAAAUUAAUUAUGGAACGUAAACUAUUUAAGGAAACGAUUUCUAUUAAAAAAAGAAUACAAACACGGAAUAUCCCUGUAUAUUUAUAUCGGUGAACACUCAGAGUCAGUUUUUAUGCCGUACUGUGUUUAGUAUAUUUUUCAAAUGCCAGUUGAUGUUAAGUGACUUAAUUUGUCAUGCCUGAAUAACAUUAUUCAUACAAAAUCAUACAAUUAAAAUGUUUAAUAUUUGACAAAGUUCCCUUCAAAUUUUAUUGUACUUUGAAAGUACUCCUUGCCACUUUUAUUGUUAAUCUUUAAAAGAAUUGAUCAACACUGGUUAUUUGCAGUUGACAACUGUGUUAGAGAUACUAAUACUUUGUACAUAAUUACAAAAUCCAUUUUAAAGUAUUGAUCCUACAAGAUCAAGUUUUGAAAGUGUUGAAUGUAUCCCGAUUACGUCGACGUUUUAUGGAUUGAAAUACCAAGUACGUAACUAACUGGACAGAAUUUAAAAUUUGGUGAAUGCAUACAGUGAACAUUUUUUUAUUUAUUGAGAAAAUGGGCAUCUUGAGGUAUCGUUCAAUAAUCAUUGAUGGGUUGUUGUAGGAUAGUUUAUUGUUAAUCGGAAGGAAAAUAAAGAUCUAAUAAAAAGAUCUAUGAUCACAUAAUAUUGAAGGGCGCUAUCUUACUGUGAUGCAGAAUAUGCUAUAUUACUAGUGAUUGUAGUAAUAAUAAUAUAGGUAAUACAAUGUAAUAAAUGUGAAUUUUGUUAACGACGACUGUUCCUCCACCUCGGAUAAAAAAUCUUUUGAAAAUUGAAAGCCUUUAAGCACGCUAACACUCAAUUGGCUUUGGGGUUUGAAUGAUGUACUGAAUUGAUUUUUUUUAUGCUUAGUGGAUAAUGUACUAACAUAAAAUCUAUUUUUAUUUGCGAUCUCUUGAAGUUGUGUGGGAGACCAUAUUCAAUACUGUUAUUUUAUCGUUCUAAUGGUUAUGCUAACUUUAAUUGGGGAUGAUGAAGUUGGUAGAUUAAUUGUAAAUCCAACUCUUGGCUGAAGAAACAGUGACUACUUCAAGCUGUCGUAAAUCUAUAAACUGUAAAGGAUAAUAAUCUCACCUAUAAAAACCAGUGCAUAAGGUAGCAUGAAAAUUUUUACAAUUUAAGUUGGAAAUUUUCCAGAUAUAUCAGCAAACUCAAUAACACAUUUUAGCCUUAGUCUAUGGCGAUCAUUAAAACUAUGAAAGUUUGGUUGUCAUCAUUUUUGAUGCGGAGUCCAUUUAUCCCAUUUGUUUAUGAUAUGUAUGCAUAUUUCAUUGCAGAAUUCCAGUUAACGAUUUUUAAGCCUAAACACUGAUUAAAAUGGUUAUUGAACAUUUUAUGCAGGCAUGAUGUCUUCUUCCAUGUUAUAAAUUAUUGUAUGAUAUAAUUAAUGCUUGCAAAAAAUGUUGAGUACUCUUCUGUGCAUUAAUUCCAAUCUGCUGAUCACAGAUCUAAUUAUACUUAAAGAAAGAAAUAUAGCUCUGUUGCAAACCAUUGUUAUCAAUGAUGAUAUUUCUUAUAAUCAUUUUCAUAUAUACAGCUUAAUUUGGGCAACGAUUUUCAACUUCUGUACGAUAUAGGAUACAUAUAUUCUAUGCUACUCAUACAUAUUUAUACAGAAAUUUAUGUAUUAAGCGUAGUAAACAGUAUAUUUAAUUUCAGUAUGCUGCGCACCAUUCUCAGUAUUUGAUGUUGCAUCGAUACGUCUGUUAGUGAAUGAUGAAUGUCAAGGUGUUUAUGUGCAUAAUAGCAUUGCGAAAAUUAUGGUAAACAAAACAGUAUUUUUAUAUUAGCAAAAUAUCGAGAUAUUUCGGCUUUUUGGUACAUGAAAAAUGUUGAGCAGUGUUACAUCAUGUCUUUAGCCUGAUUUCAUGCCGUGCCACUUAAUUCUGUUGAAUUUAAUUUUUCUAGUUAAUAACUAUUAGUUGAAUUUGCAUUCGUAUUAAUUUAUUUCAUAUAUUUCAGUAAGUUAAUUCAACGAAUAUUCAGAUGAACAAAGGCAUAAAGCCUGAAUUAUUACGUCAUACUCGUAACAAUAAUUACUGCAAUUCAAGCAGCAUAAUUUGCCGACAACCUGAAUAUUUUUAAGACACGAUGGUUGUGUGAUCAUGCUAGGUUUCAUUAUAAACAUUAUAUUUCACGUCUCAGGACUCGAUGGCUAAUAUCUUCCCAUCUAAUUUAGUAAUACGUCAUACAUCAAUCUUCAGUAAUAGUAUUUACAAUAGAACUAUUAUACCUAACUCGAAAAAUCUCACACCUGUUACAAGUAAUAUUUGUUGUAAACAAAAUAGUUAAAAUCUUUUAUUUGACAUCAAGAGGUACUGUAUAAGAAAUUUCACACUUGAUACCUGCAGGAACAGAAUGAUGGAUCGAACAAUUACGAUUGAGAUUUAUUUGUCAAAAGGAAAUCAUUGAAUAUUUCAGAAGAUAUGCAAUGACUGAUCAGUUAUAGUUUCCUAUUAUCCGGUCGUAUAUAUAACUAUCCGGUAACUAGAUAUUUCACUUGACAUCUGAAAUAUGAAUGCUAUAUUCUAUAUUUUCAUAUUCAGUGUUCUUGUAAAUUUUACUCUGAUUAAUCAAUAUUAGGACCAACACAAUUCAUCAUUAUUGUGUGCCAUAAGUAACAAAAUUCUUCAAUCAAGUUUUUGAUAAUUUUAUACCAGACUACUUUUCACAUGUUAUAAUUUGUGUUUACUCAUGACAUCUGAAACUUUUGAUAUCAUUUUCAUAUUUCUUUUCAUAAAUAUUUCACAUUUAAUCGUUAGCGCACAAGUUUACCUCCUAUUAUAGAAGCUAGAUGGUCUGCUGUUGGCUGUCCCGUAAUUAAAAUGUGUAAAUAAGUAUCACAUGACUUUUGGGUACUAUGUAGAGGUGAAAUCUGGACGAUAAGAUACUAAAUAAGAAAAUCUUUGUACUGAGCUGAUAUUGCAGUUGGUUUUUUGGUUCGCUUUUGUUCUUCCAUUUGAGCCAUUACAGAUUCUCUUUGAAGGCCAAAAAAAAAAAACUCUUGGGCUCCUUCAAUCAUGUAUAUGUACACCGCUAUUUGAUUUUUCAUCUUUGUUGAGGCUAGAGUCUUGAAAUCCUUGGUAUAUGAAAUAUUGACCAAGUGACAUAUAACUGCAAUUCAAUGCAUUUAAUCGAGUUGCUUUUUAUUGGAUUCUGACAGACUAAGACAACUAUAACGAUGUUGUUGUAAUGCAUCUUUAUUCUAUCCUAUUUUUGGAGCUAAUCAUUAAUGUAAUACCUGUACAGAUCUUAAAUUAAUUCAUAUAACUUCUGUAGAAAAAAUUAUCCGAGCGAAACUAUCAAUGUAUUGCAGUUUGCAAUUCAACAAUUAAUUUCUGUUAGCGCAUUCUAUGUACUUAGGCUUGGUUGCAAGCUGUUAGUUAUAAUGCAAAUCGUUAGUAAUACAAUAAUUAUAAUAAUUCUCAAGCCACAAGUCCAGCCUCUUUGCAAUAGAAAUAAGUAUCAAAAUCCAUAAAGUUUUAUUGUAUAAUGUAAUCAAUAACUUGUCAAAUUUUCAAACAAAUACAUGCGCAAAGGAAAACCUUUGUCUCAUAGCCACAGGGCAUUCGCUAGAGCAUCAUUUCAAUUUUGGCUAAUGGUUUUUUGAGAUCCAAUGAUUGAUGGCAUUGCAAAGUUCUAUGUGUUGCUCCAUUGUUUGGGCUAUUCUCACAUUUGCCAAUGUAAGUGUUUGUCAAGGAUGCGGAUGAAACUGAUAUACUUACCAAACUUUAAGAUUCAUUACAUUAAAAAUAUUAAUGCUGCUUUUGCGAGUCUGUGGCCACUGAUAAAGCUGUAGAAGAGAUAGCUUCAUUAUAAUAUUCCAUGAUAUGUAUUUCGGACUUGUAGUUGAAGUGGUGCUCUGCAUUAAAGUAUUUAGAUUUAUCUUAUUUACAUUGUUAAGAAACAUGAAACACUGAGUUGUAAAAAAUACUGAAAAUAUGUCUUGUUUUUCUGUGGAUCAUAAUAAACUAUUUUAUUCUAAA